AUGAGCUCCACGCAGUUCAACAAGGGCCCCUCGUACGGGCUGUCGGCCGAGGUCAAGAACUGGCUCCUGUCCAAAUAUGACCCCCAGAAGGAGGCAGAGCUCCGCACCUGGAUUGAGGGACUCACCGGCCUCUCCAUCGGCCCCGACUUCGAGAAGGGCCUGAAGGACGGAACUAUUUUAUGCACACUCAUGAACAAGCUACAGCCGGGCUCCGUCCCCAAGAUCAACCGCUCCAUGCAGAACUGGCACCAGCUAGAAAACCUGUCCAACUUCAUCAAGGCCAUGGUCAGCUACGGCAUGAACCCCGUGGACCUGUUUGAGGCCAACGACCUGUUUGAAAGUGGGAACAUGACACAGGUGCAGGUGUCUCUACUCGCCCUGGCGGGGAAGGCCAAGACUAAGGGGCUGCAGAGCUGGGGGGACAUUGGCGUCAAGUACUGGGAGAAGCAGGAGCGGAAUUUCGAUGACGCCACCAUGAAGGCCGGCCAGUGUGUCAUUGGGCUGCAGAUGGGCACCAACAAAUGCGCCAGCCAGUCGGGCAUGACUGUGUAUGGCACGAGGAGCCAUCUCUAUGACCCCAAGAACCAUAUCCUGCCCCCCAUGGACCACUCCACCAUCAGCCUCCAGAUGGGCACAAACAAGUGUGCGAGCCAGGUGGGCAUGACGGCUCCCAGGAUGCCACGGCACAUCUAUGACACCAAGCUGGGAACCGACAAGUGUGACAACUCCUCCAUGUCCCUGCAGAUGGGCUACACGCAGGGCGCCAACCAGAGCAGCCAGGUCUUUGGCCUGGGCCGACAGAUAUAUGAUCCCAGGUAUUGCCCACAAGGCACAGUGGCCGAUGGGGCUCCCUCAGGCACCAGCGACCGCCCGGACCCGGGGGAGGUCCCUGAAUAUCCCCUUUACUACCAGGAGGAGGCCAGCUACUGA